CCAAACAACAUUUGAAGCCCCUACACAACAACCUUUCUCUCUCUCUGAAAUUUUCUCGGCACAGCUAAUAAAUAACGGCAUAUUCCUCACAAACUCUCUCUCUCUCUCUCUCUCUCUCUCUCUCUCUCUCCCCACUUUUGAGUCAUUGACUGUUCCACAGGAGAAAGAAAAUCCAAUUCCUGAAAGAUGUUCUUUCUUCUCUAUAUUUUCCCCGUUGGUGACCACAACUUAACUCCCAUUUAAUUUUUCUAUCACCACAACCGUUUUUGUUUGGUUCGCUGAAGAUUAUCCAAGAUCCGCCGCACCGUCCCAUCUUUCCCUUUCUCAGCAGUAAUUUUAUGCAGAUCUUCUCUCCUUUUCCCUAGAAACCGCCCCGUACACUGUUGUCGUUGAGAAAUGGUGGUGAAGAUGAUGAGGUGGCGGCCUUGGCCCCCUCUGGUUUCGAAGAAGUACGAGGUAAAGCUGGCUGUGCGCCGGCUCGAGGGCUAUGUUCCGGCGUCGGCGGAUUCGGCGCCCCGAUUGGCGGUGGAGAUCCGGUGGAAGGGGCCGAAGAUUGCGCUGGGCGCGUUUCGCCGGACGGUGAAGAGGAAUUUCACCAAGGACGCCGGGGUGAACGAAAAUGGCGUCGUCGAGUGGGACGAGGAAGAGUUUCAGAGUGCUUGCACUCUCUCCGGUCACAAAGACAAUGUUUUCCACUUCUGGGAGAUCGCUUUCACUGUCUUCAAUGGCUUGAACCAAGGGCCGAAAAUUAAGGUGCCAGUUGUUGGAACAGCGUCAUUGAACCUUGCUGAGUUUGCUUCUAAAGCUGAGGAAAAAGACUUUGAACUUAACAUCCCUCUGAUCUCAUGCAGUGCAGCUGAACCUCAUCCCUCACUUUGUCUAUCCCUUAGUUUAUUGGAGCUGAGGACUGGUCAAGAAUCUGCAGAUUCUGUUCCGAGAUCAAUAGUUCCUGCUGCAUCACCUCUCCAUGCACAGUCAGUAGACCCGCUACCAACAGAGAAAGACGAACUUUCUGCACUAAAGGCUGGUUUACAAAAGGUGAAAAUUUUUACAGAUUAUGUCUCAGCUAGAAGAGCCAAAAAGGCUUGCCGUGAGGAAGAGGGCAGUGAGGGAAGAUGCUCUGCAAGGAGCGAAGACAGUGAUUACACCUACACCUUUGACUCAGACUCACUUGAUGAGCUUGAGAUGCGAGAAUCAGAUGAGGGCAAGGAGGAUUCUAGCAUGAGAAAAUCAUUUAGUUAUGGUACAUUGGCAUAUGCAAACUGUGCUGGUGGAUCAUUUUACUCCAAUUCAAGGAUCUAUGGUGAGGAUGAAGAUUGGAUCUACUACAGCAAUCGCAAGUCAGAUGUGGGUUGCUCACAAAUGGAGGAUUUAACUUCCUCCAUCUCUGUUGACCCAUCUUUAUUCCAGACUUCAAAGCGUAGUAUCUUGCCCUGGAGGAAGAGAAAGCUAAGCUUCAGAUCUCCCAAGGUCAAAGGGGAGCCACUACUAAAGAAGGCCUAUGGAGAGGAAGGUGGGGAUGACAUUGACUAUGAUCGUCGGCAGCUAAGCUCUGAUGAAUCUCUAUCUUUCGGGUGGCUUAAGACAGAUGAAGACUCAAGCGCAAAUAGAUCAUCAAUAUCUGAAUUUGGGGAUGACAAUUUUGCUAUUGGCAGUUGGGAACAGAAAGAAGUAAUAAGUCGUGAUGGGCAUAUGAAGCUUCAAACCCAGGUCUUCUUUGCUUCUAUUGAUCAGCGGAGUGAAAGGGCAGCUGGUGAGAGUGCUUGUACAGCCCUUGUAGCUGUGAUUGCUGAUUGGUUUCAGAACAACCGAGAUCUUCUGCCGAUUAAGUCUCAGUUUGACAGCCUGAUCAGGGAAGGUUCAUUGGAAUGGAGGAACCUUUGUGAUAAUGAGACCUACAAGGUUCGGUUUCCUGACAAGCAUUUUGAUCUGGAAACAGUCCUGCAAGCCACAAUACGCCCUCUUUCAGUAGUUCCUGGGAAGUCCUUCAUUGGGUUUUUCCAUCCAGAUGGUAUGGAGGAGGGGAGAUUUGACUUUUUGCAUGGCGCCAUGUCCUUUGACAACAUAUGGGAUGAGAUUAGCCACACCGGAUCUGAAUGCCCCAGCAAUGGUGAUCCCCAAGUUUACAUUGUCAGUUGGAAUGAUCACUUUUUCAUCCUCAAGGUUGAACCAGAAGCUUACUACAUCAUUGACACAUUGGGGGAAAGGCUCUACGAGGGAUGUAACCAGGCCUACAUCUUGAAAUUUGACAGGGAUUCGACAAUUUACAGGCUGCCUAGUGCAGAAAAACCUGGUGGCAAUCAGCAGAGUGUUGCUGCUUCGGCAGAACCCAAGAACCAACCGGCUCAACAACAGAUUAACCUUAAGGAGGGUGUUGUUGAAGGUGACGCCCUAGCCAAGACCGAGUUAAUGAAGACUGAUGAGCAUGAGGAGGUUCUGUGCCAAGGAAAGGAGUCUUGCAAGGAGUAUAUAAAAUGCUUCUUGGCUGCAAUCCCAAUAAGGGAAUUGCAGGCAGAUAUUAAGAAAGGUCUGAUGGCUACCACACCACUUCAUCAACGGUUACAGAUCGAGUUUCAUUACACCCAGCUACAACCACCACAAGCCGAACUUCCGCUUAUAGAGGCAAGCAGCCAAGAAGUUGCCACCACAAGUAGCUGAAGUUGCCAUAUCACUGGUUGUUGCUUAGAAAGGCUUGCUAUGUAUUUUGGGAUGUAUGUUUGUCUAACAUGUUUUUAUUUUCUUUAAUGACGGGUCAAAUGGGCUAAAAAUAGAAGCCCGUUUCAGCUUUUUGAAUGGUUUGCGAGAGGAGAGUUGUAUUUUCCCCCAUUACUGGCUUGGAAGUGAACCAAUCUCCCCUACUGUAUGCUGCCUGUCUUGGUGCUCCCUUAACUUCGUUUGAUAAAGUCUGUACAUGACUAUAAUUUCUGUUUUGUUAAUUGGAUCAACUCUUUUUAACUUGA